AUGAAACUACCAACAUCAAUUGGCUUAUUCUGCGCACUCGCGCUCGUAUCAGCCCAACCGACGAACAAAGAACAAAAGAAUGUCAUCUUAUCUAUAUCAGACGGUCUGGGACUUCCUGGUUUAACAAUGUCAAGAGAGUAUGUCCGUAACUUAGAAACAAAUGGUAAUUUCCUCAAUUACACCUAUCAAUUGCCUUUGGAUGACGACAUGGUUGGCAGUUUGAGAACGAGUUCAGCGAAUACCUACAUAACAGACAGUGCAGCAGCUGGGACAGCGAUGGCAACUGGUAAGAAGACCCUCAACAAUGCUCUUGGUGUUGAUGUCGAUGGUAAUGCCAUCGGUAGUGUACUCGAAGCUGCAAAAUUGGCAGGAAUGCACACAGCUUUGGUUACGAAUUCAUACGUUUCUGACGCUACUCCUGGUGCUUUCAACGUUCAUAGCCAAAGUAGAGACGAUUACUGGUUCAUUGCCGAACAAAUUCUUGGCUUCCGCGGCGCAUUAGGCAUACCAGCGGCUGACAUAGUCAUCGGAGGUGGUUACUGUCCUUUCAUACCUAAAUCAGCGGAGGGAAGUUGUCGUCCUGAUGAUCGUGAUCUAUUGCAAGAAGCUCAGGAGAAGGGAUGGACAGUUGCUCGCACUAUUGAAGAACUCAAUGAGGCAGAUAGCGCACCACUUAUUGGUGUAUUUGAUGAAAAAGCCAUGAACUACACUCUCGACUUAAGUGAGGAUGAACCAUCAUUGAUGCAGAUGGCAGAAAAGGCUCUCGAAAUUCUUAUCAAGCUUAGCAAUGAGGAUGGAAAAGGUUUCUUUAUAAUGGUUGAAGAGGGCAUAAUUGAUUACGCAGGACACGACAAUGAUCCUGUUGCCCAUGUCUCAUCAACUCUCAACCACAUGAAUGUACACGUCAGAAUAAAGGAGUUAUUGAAGCAAAUAAAUGGCGAAACACUUGUCGUUGCUACAUCCGAUCACGAUACUGGUCAACUUGGAUUAGGUACAUCACUCCCAACGGAUGCUGAAUUAGGUGAAUAUCAAUGGAAGCCAGAAGUAUUGGCAAAUGCAAAGCACUCUGGUGAUUAUAUAUCGAAGAGACUCAGAGAAUUAACGGAAAUCACCAGUGACGUCAUCAUAGAUGCUUUCAAGCAGUACAGUGGUAUAGAAGAUCCAACGGAAGAGGAAAUCAAGCGUGUACUGGAUGCAGAAGGUUCAUCUAGCGGUUUAUCAGAUGCAUUCAACAUCGCGGUGAGCAAUAGGGCAAGAGUCGGCUGGACAACGCGUGCGCACACCGCCGCAGACGUGCCAGUCUACUGCUACGGCAGCAAAUACUGCGAUCAAUUCAAGGGAUCGAUCGAAAACACGGAAUUACCUCAAUUAAUUGAGGAUUAUCUCAAGCUUGACAUCAACAACGUCAGUGAAAUGAUAAAAGAUUUUAAUACUAAUGCUACUGAAAUUCUCGGUAGAGAUACCAACGAUAGAGAUGUAAACCAUCAAUAA